CUAGCCUGUGGCGCUGCCGAGAAUUGCUGUGACCUGGCACCUGGCCUCGCUGAACCUCAAAACUUGGCUUCCCUGACGAUGUCUAUGUUAAUACUGUGUCCUUAUACGUUUGCUGUGGCGUGUCUGCGGCACAAAACCAAGCCGAGUAACAAAGAGCCCAACUUAUCCCUGAUCGUGGCGCUCCCUCUGCCGACAGCCGCCGCUCAGCUCCGCCCGGCCGCCAGGUACUUCAGUUUUCAGAAGCUGCUUCUACAGCAAAACACCAGUAUGGAAGCUAAAACCAAUGAAGAUCAUUUGAAAGUCCAGAAAAUGAAGAAGAAGAUACUGAGGAAGCAGGUCAGAGCUCAGCAUACGUUGAUGAGACAUGAGGGCGUGAAGUGUGUCUCUCAUGCCACACAGAGCCUGGUUAUUGCCAAUGCCGGUCUUGGUAAUGGGAUGAGUAGACAGCAAUUGCUCAGAAUACUAGAAGAAUAUGGAGCAAUGGAAACACUCUUAAUGCCACCAAAUAAACCAUAUUCAUUUGUCAAAUAUAGCACUACAGAAGAAGCCAAAAAAGCCUUUAAUGCCCUUAAUGGAAAGGAAGUAACACUGGAAGACUGUGGCCAAAACAUUGUUCUUUAUAUUAAUUUUGUGGAAAAAGUUUCCUUGCAAAAUGCUGUUCCUACAAGCUUGCCUCCAGGCUUAAUGGUAAUUGAAAAGAUUAUUUCUCCAGAGGAAGAAAGGAGGAUGUUGGAAAGUAUUGACUGGAAAGGAGAUGAAGAUACUCAGAAUGCCCAGAAGACCUUAAAGCAUAGAAGAGUAAAGCAUUUUGGAUAUGAGUUUUUCUAUGGUAACAAUAAUGUUGAUAAAGACAAACCAUUACCUGGAGGUCUUCCUGAAAUUUGCAACCCAUUCUUGGAGAAGUGCUUAAAGCAGGGAUAUAUCAAACAUAAACCUGAUCAAUUGACUGUAAAUCAGUAUGAACCUGGACAAGGAAUUCCCCCUCAUACUGAUACACAUUCUGCUUUUGAAGAUGAAAUAAUCUCUCUCAGUUUGGGAGCUGAGAUUGUGAUGGAUUUCAAACACCCUGAUGGCUAUACAGUUGCAAUUAUGUUGCCCCGAUGCAGUUUAUUGGUGAUGACUGGAGAAUCCAGAUACCUGUGGACACAUGGGAUCACACCCAGAAAAUACGAUGUUGUUCAAGCAUCAGAACUUGGGCAAAAAGUUAGAACAAUCACUGCUGAUGUUGGAGAUCUAACAUUAAAUCGAAGGGAAACAAGGACAUCGUUUACAUUCAGGAAAGUGAGGAGAAGCCCUUGCAAUUGCAUUUACCCAUCUGUCUGUGACAGCCAGAAAGGACAGCAGAGACCAGUGCAGCCUUCAUUUCCCCAGAACGAGAUGGAGGCCUCAAAGCUGGAGCAAGAAUAUGUACACAAGGUGUAUGAAGAGAUUGCCACACACUUCAGCAGUACCAGGCAUAGCCCUUGGCCCCGAAUUGUAGAGUUUCUCAGGUCCCUGCCAACAGGGUCAAUAGUGGCUGAUAUUGGUUGUGGUAACGGGAAGUACCUCGGCAUCAGUGAGGAUUUGUACAUGGUUGGCUGUGAUCGCAGCAGAAACCUGGUGGAUAUUUGUGGAGAAAAACAUUUCCAGGCAUUUGUCUGUGAUGCCCUGUCAGUGCCAAUCCGCAGCAGUUCUUGUGACGCCUGCAUCUCUAUUGCUGUAAUCCACCACUUCUCAACAGCAGAGCGGAGACUGGCAACUAUCCGGGAACUAGCUCGGCUUCUAAGACCUGGUGGAACAGCACUCAUUUAUGUCUGGGCAAUGGAACAAGAAUACAAAAACCAGAAGUCUAAAUACCUUAAGGAAAAGAAUAGUAGUAAAAACAAAGACAAGGAAAUGAAUACUGGCACAGCUCAGAGACCACUUAAUGACCAAGGGCCUGAUAACAGCAGCCAAGAUCCAGCAUGGUCUGACCAACUCCUUAAUGACUUCAAGGAUGAAAGCUGUGGUGCCAAGCCAGUAGCAGAAUUCAGACUGCCUGUUCACACUAACAGAACCUCUUUUCACUCUCAAGAUUUGCUGGUUCCCUGGCACCUGAAAGGUGGUACAAAAAAGAAAGAGGAAAAUAUUGAUACAGUGUUGGUUCCAAGUGGCUCCAAAGAAUUGCAAGAACUCAACCCUGUUUUCCACCGCUAUUACCAUGUGUUCUGUGAAGGGGAACUGGAAGCAGUGUGCAGAUCCCUGGAUUGUGUGAGGGUUCAAAAGAGUUACUAUGAUCAGGGAAACUGGUGUGUGAUUCUAGAAAAGUUGUAGCCUGUGAUGCUUCCUCUACUAUCUGUAGAGUUUUCUGUGUUUUUUACAGUGAAAGGUAUUUUGUGAAAGGUAUUUUUAAUGCAGGCUGCAGCUAUUGCCUCUUUUAAAAUAGCAAAAUAAAGAUUGUGCAUUGAGUUAAUAACAGUGGCUAGCACUGUAUGCAUAUGUUAACAAAAUAAUGGCCAAACUCAGCUACUACCUCUGCAGUGUUUGCUUUACUUCUCUAAAUUACAGUGAAGAGGAUUAAAUGGGAAUAUACUGCCCAUGCAAAUCACUAAGACCAGUGUUGAGCUUUUAAAGACAAAGGGCCUGGUUCUUCCUUCUCUUACACCAUUUUAUACUGAUAUAGCUGCAGUGCUUUCCCUGCAGUCUGCAGCUAAUUGGAAUGGAGCUCUGGGCAGGAAAGGCAGAGCUGUUUGCUGUGUGGAUGAGGGGAGGAGAGAGUGAAUGGCAUAUGAAGCAGUUAAGCUGAAGAGUCAAACUGUUGCCUCAAGUUUGGUCUUUCCUGUUUUGUUGUCUUUGAGGGGUGAGAGAUCUCUUUCAGUUUGGAAUUUACUCUCUUGGUUGUGGUAAUAAUGAUGUCCUCAAAGGGAAAUGGAAAGAUAUUGGGGAUAGCACAGACAUUUUUCUCUUCCUUGACUCUCAAAUACCCACAAUUCAUGCUGUCUAUCCUCAGAUUUCUGUAGCUCUUUAUUGUAGUGUUGUGUGAAAGCUCCUGUAAGGUGUGAGUUCCAGCCCAGCUGGAACAGCCAGACCAGCUCUGCUACACACCUGCACCAAGACUUGUGGGGGUGGGGUGACCCUGAGUUCUCCCGGGGGAAAAAGGGAAAAAUAUUAAAGUGAAGGCAGUAUUGGUGCAGGUUUUCUGGUGGGUAUUUUCAACCUCUAAAUGUUGGCAGUGGAGCAAUUUUUUAUUUAAUACACUUCAGAAGAGCAAAGGACUGGAGUAGAGGGGGACUGAUGCUGGGCUGGCUGACUCAGAGCAGCUCUUUUGGCUGUGGCCUGCAAGGACUACUGCAAUUUCUUUGAUACAACUCUUGUGCUACCAAAGGAGCAUGACACCUGGAAUGCAUUUCUGAAACUAAACUUUAUGGUAUUGGCAGGUCGUGCUGCUGUAAAUAAUGGCAUACAAACCAAGGUGCCCAUCCUAAAUCAUGUGUGGACUUGGACAGCUCAAGGACAACUUGGCCUACUCCUGUCUGCCUCCCAUGUGCAGGUUAAAGGCUGCUGUGCUGGCAGCCUGCUCACAGUCACCAUUUCUCCUAGGCUCCCAUCUUGUAAUGGAGAAAAUCUGAGAGGAAUGAGAGCAGUAAGAGAGGAGCCUGCUGCCACCACAAUUCACCUGGCCUGUGCUUUGCAUGCUGUCUACUUCCAAAGAGCCCUUGGAAAGAAGGUCUCAUUCCUCAUCUGCACAUGCUGUCCAUGUCACAGCAGCCUUGUCCUAACUGAUUUGUUUCCUUUUAACAGCAAAGGAAGCAUGUCUGUAGCAGUCAGCCCUCUUGGGCAUGUUCAGGGGCUGAUUAGCACACAUUCAAUGAAUAUCACAUAGCUGGAAAAAUGUCUUGCAUCAAGGCCUGACCUGGCUUCAGUACUGGGACACAGCGUUUGGGUGCAGGAGCUCACCCCUUUCCCAGCUGGACUGUGGCACCAGAGCUAACCUGAAUAGCUCCAGGGUGCAGUGCUACAUGAUGUUGGUGUAUCGCUGAUGCGAAAGGGCAGAGAGAGCCUCUGCUGAGUGUCUGUGCAGUGAAUAACUCACUAAACUGGGCUCCCUGUUAUUUCUGACUAUGUGGAUUGCAUUUGUGUAGAAUAAAGUAGGAUUCAUCUCUGAA